UCGUAAAGCGAGCACUGCUCAGAUUUCAAUAAAUGGUAUACAAGACGUAAAAGUCUGACAGUUGUGCUUUACUUACCUAAAGGCAAUAUUGGUCUUAACAUUGACUUCCGGGUCUAACGUAAAAUAUUAAUUUAAAUACAACGGAUAUAACGCAAAUGAACUGAAUGGGGACAAUGUUUAUUUGUGUGUGCAUAUUAGCAUGUUUUCAAAUUUCCUCUGUUCUUUCGGACAGCGUUAUUGUGAGCUCGUUACGGGGUGGUCAGACAAACCUUACUAUCAUGGACGUCAAUGUCACUGGAGGUUCACUCUCAAUUAUCCAGAGCGAGUCGUUUCUAAAACCCCAAAUACUCACAGACAUAGCCAUAGACCCAAUCAGUGGGACCCUUUUCGGUUUUGAUUUUAGAUAUGGCAACAUCCUACAAUAUCCUGGGUUUGGAAGAAGUGGUGCUAGCGUUACAGGAAGUGUUGUUCAUAAAGGACUCACUAGGAAUACGCUCGUAAAGAUUGCCGUAGACUGGGUGUCUCAGAAUAUCUACUGGGUUGAUCCGGGGUUCAGAUGGAUAGGCAUACAGUCUGUGUCUAAUCAAACAAAGCAUACAAUUAUUUUACAUGAUGGGUUUACGUAUCCCGUCAGUCUCGCUGUUGACCCAAUUCACAGGGUUUUGUUUUGGGGAGACGGAAGCAGCUCACCUAAAAUCGAACGAUCAUCACUGGACGGAGGAAAUCGACGAACAAUUGUUUCACAGGGCAUUAUCUUUCCAACAGCUAUGACCGUAGACGUAGACAAUGAACAACUCAUUUGGCUUGAUCUUACAAGAGACACGGUAGAAAUGGCUGCUCAAGAUGGCACGGCAAGGCGCAUCCUCAGACGCUUGUCUCACAUAUAUCUUUCUCAUGUGGAUGUAUUUAAGGAUAUUAUGUUACUGACAAAAAUUGACACCGAUGCAUAUGUCGUGUUUGUGAUGGACAAACACUCGGGCGAUAUUGAUCACACACUUCCUUUGGAGAGAACAGAUUUUAUAAACGGAGUUGUUUCAUUUAAGGACACCCAGCCGACUAUAAUAAACAAUUGUGCCACUGCCUUGUGUUCAGAUUUGUGUGUUAACACAGAAACGUGGUUCAAAUGUUUAUGUGUGGACGGACGGACUCUUUCCUCAGAUCUUCUCACCUGUGUUGAUGGUCCUGGGUCUCUUCAUCGGGCUUUGGUGUGGACAAAAUCAACUUCACUUUGCGCUACUGACCUGAGAGUAAUCAAUGACGUCAGCUAUCGAGCAAGUGACACGUGCAUUCAAACAGACUCAGACAUAAUUCAUUUUGAUGUCAAUGCAAGGGAUCGAACAAUCGUGUACGCAAGAGGAAGCGCUAUAUAUAUUACCAGCUUGGAUGCCAUAACUUCGAAUCGGCAACUACUUUUUGCAGCAAAUGAUGUGACAGGUCUGGGCGUGGACUGGCGAGACGGCAAUUUAUACUGGAGCGAGGGCCAGACGGACGGACGCAUCAUUGUGCACUCACGCCAGGAAAGAGCUACUGUCCCUCUCAUAGAUUCCGGGCUCAGCAUGCCGCGGGAGCUCACUCUGUUUCCCCUUUAUAAAAUGUUUUGGAUAUCGGGAGAUGUAGGAAUUGUCCAGAUUGAGCGAGCCAACAUGGAUGGAACUAAUCGAGAAAUCAUCGUGAAUAGUUCUUCUGUCCGAGCGCCGCUUGGUUUAGCGAUAGAUACAUUGACAGACAUACUUUACUUCGUUGACGAAGGAUUUGUUAAGUCAGUUUGGCUUAAUGGAACCGUCAUGGAGGUCGAAGAUCUAGAAGGCCUGUCAUCACCCCAGAGACUUUAUGUUUACCAGAACCAGUUAUUGGUCAUUAGUGGUACUUCGUCGAGCGCAAAGCUUCAAGUUUUCAGUUCACGAAUGCGUGAUCUGACUUUUACCGAAGAUAUUAGCUUUCCAAACAUACUUGGCGCUAAGGUUCUUGAUGAACGGACACAACCGGAUAUCUUUGGCCCCUGCGAGGAAAACAACGGCGGUUGUGAACACAUUUGUAUUCCCCUCGGUAACGUCCGCGUCUGUCAGUGCCAGUUUGGCUUUCAACUCCAUCAAGACAAAAAGUCAUGUUUCUCCGAGGCGUUGUCUACGAACUUUGUUUACGUGGGUGAUUGGACGCAUGGCCGUAUAUACCAGGUUUCAUUAGACACUGAUCAAGUUGCAGCUUUGGAUGCGCCAAUGGUGACGAAUCCUGCUGGCAUUGAAUAUAACUUAAAGACUGGACAUUUGAUUUGGAGCAGCACAGAAACAAAUCUGAUACAAACCAUUAAUACCGAUGGCGCAGAAUACGGCAUAUUAGUGAACGUUGGAGUGUUUGGUUCAUUUGCGGAUCGGCUGGCUGUUGACUACACUAGUGGGAACGUCUACUUUACGGCAGUUCCAUUUGUUGGUGAUGGUUUUGUCGGCGUGGGAGUCGUAUCCCCGACAGGAGUGCAUACGAAGCUUGUUUCAUAUGGCCACUCACCACGGGCUAUCGCUCUUGAUCCAUCUAAAGGAAUAAUGUUCUGGACGGAUCACGGGUUCGCAGAUGGUACAAGUUCAGAGGUACUCGCCGCCAACAUGGACGGUUCACAAAGGCGAGUAAUUAAUUCCAACAUGGGCUGGGCAAAUGGCCUCACCAUCGAUACUACAGGUAAAUUCCUGUAUAUAGCUGACGGCAAGACGGAUACGAUCUCGAAGUGCAACUACAACGGAAUUUGCUCUGCUUUUUUUUCGGACGCAGGGGCACAACUUAUGGACAUAAAACUCCUUGAAAAUAGCCUCUACUACACAGCCUGGAAUAGAGUUCAUAUAACACGGAUCGACAUUUUGAACACGGGUGACCGGGAGGAGUUGGCGCGAAACGCCGAGCUAGGUCGUCUUGACUCUCUUGCGUUGCACGACGCAGCAUACACAGUGUCAUCACAAUGUACGCCAAAUGAUGGACUUGGUCCCUGUAGAUAUCUCUGUCUCCCGCGACCCGAGGGCUAUACCUGUGCCUGUGAGGACGAACAAGAGGAGUCCAUUGACACCUGUUCAGGAAUAUUUACCAAGCCUUCAGAAACCAAAGAAACAACGUUACCGCCCUUGACGUCGCAACCGCCCUUGACGUCACAACCGCCCUUGACGUCGCAACCACCUUUGACGUCGCAACCGCCCUUGACGUCGCAACCGCCCGUGACUGACAGCUCCGUUGGAGUUUUGGUUGGCGCCGUGGUUGGAAGCCUUGCCGGGUUGACCGUUUUUGCAGCAUUGGGCGUUGUCGCAUGUUGUUUGUACAGGAGACGUCACACCCAGAAAGCUACAGACAGCGGGCACGCGAAUCCUGCGUUCGAUAUUGCAUCUUUUUCUACUUCCAAUCAGGAUAUUGGACACGAUCAAAUUAGUUUUUCUGACAGCACUAAACAUCACACACCAGCGUCCAACGACUAUGAAGGUUUAACAACCAACACUCCACCCAGGAUAUACGAUCGGCCACCAAUAGAGCUUCCUCUUUCGCCAAACCCUCAGCAGCCGGUCAGUGGUAAUUUGAGACCACCUUCAGAAAACUACGACCAUCCCAUUUUUUACACUCCACCUGUGAAUGUACUUCACACUCGGCCACCAAUGGAGCUCCCUCUUUCGCCUAACCCUCACCAGCCGGCAAGCGGUAACUUGAUGCCUCCGUCAGAAAACUUCGACCAGCCAAAAGCUAACACGUAUAUGUCGUUGCGGGGAGACAGCCUUGUGAUGGGGUCUGACUUUUUAAACAGUUUUAUAAACAAUAAAAAAUAACCAUUCAUAAGAAAAGAUUACUCGCUUACACAGUAUUAAAAAUCAUUAAGAUUUUGCUUCCGGUCAUGUAACUGAUUAAGAGCACAACCUGUUUAGUAACAUAUUAACUAUUUGGCCUUCAAUUUAAACAUAAACCUUUUACAAAGCAAAAUGCCUGACAAAAGAGAAGACAUAUCUACAAAUUAAUGACAUUAAUGACUUAAAGGCUGCACUCUCACAGAUCUACCGUUUCUACCACUUUUUACUUGUUGUCUUCGAAUGAGCCAUUUUUUUGCGUAAAUAUCUGCAAACCAGUGAUAAAAGACUGCUGACAAAAAUCAGAUAACAUAUUUCCGUUCCAAAUUUAAUGUUUUAUGGCUAAAACCGUAUGUAACGGUUUAAGAAAAAUGCAAAAAAUACAUCAUUUUUUAACUUAAAUAUAAAAUCUGCAAUCGAAUCUUUUGACAUCAGUCUUAUAUGAUUGGUUUACAUGCAUUUGCGCAUAAAUUGGCUCGUUCCUAGACAAAAAAUAAUAAAGUUGUCAAAACGUUCGAUCUCUGAGAGUGCAGCUUAAAUGUAAGAUGGAAUAAACAUCAUUUUACUGACAGACACUUGUUAUAUUGAAAAUAAACAACAAGUUAGUUUCCAACAAAUAUCAAAUACUAAAUAUGUCGAUCGUAACUAUAUAAAACUAAAAUUUCUAACAUUAUGCAUUAACAUGAGUGUUGUAACAUUGUAAAAUCUUACUCAAUGUUUAAAAGAUUUCCAUUUGUCAGUACAUAUAAUUUGUUUUUGAAUGAUAUUCGAUGUAUUCGCCUUUGAAAAUAUGAAACAAUAUUUAAGGUUAAUAAGGUAAGGCUUACAGAUUGUAUUUUUUUGUUGAAUUUGAUUUUACAUUGUAUUUCUGAUUAUUUGACACAUAUAAUACGGACGUGUAAUAUCAUGGUCAUACUUAUAUACCAUAAUGUAUGUGUAUUAUUGUACUCGAAGUUAGAAUAGCAACCAUAUUAGCAUUACACGAGUUGUUUAAGGCUUUUAAAAAACUAACGUUUGUGAUAUUUUCUAUAUUCUUCAUAUUCUUUGUGUAUAUGUUUUUACUUGCAUGUCCCCGUUUUGUACAGCAAAAAUCAGUAUACGGUAGAUUCAUAGAUUACAUUUGUUAUAUCUUGAGUGAAAUAGAAUCAAAUCCGUUUUAAAAGAAAUAACCUAUUUUAUUACACGAUCUUAUAAAUAAACCGUCCAUGAUAUAAGGAUAAGUAAUGUCCGUAGAUAAACAAUGCCAUAUUGACCUGUCUAUUUAUAGACCAGAAACGGAUUAUCAAAUUGACCUCAAAAUAAUGCGAGAAAUUCCACUUCAUAGUUGACUCCUUGUCAAAUCAAAGACCACCAUUUCAGGCAAUACCGUUCAUUAUAAUAGAUAAUAAUUAUAAUAACAAAAUAUCAGAUGCUAUGGCGAAUGGUGAAAUGUUAACACUCGAAAUAAAAUGAUCCAAUAAGUCAGUUGCACCUUGAUUAUACGUCAUCAUGUAAUAAAACAAUUGUGUGCUUAUGAGCUGUGAAAUAUGCAGUUCAGAUUGACCGCUAUGGUCUCGGAUAAAAAUGAUUUUAGGUCAAAAUGACAGCAUGUUACACAGCAAUAAGUAAAUAAUACUAUAAAGAUCCUGUUCUUGCAAACAUGUUAAGUGUGUGCAUUCCAUUAAGCACAUUUCAUGUAGGCAUAUUGUCAAUAAAAAGCCAAGCAUUUCUCUUCAUUUGUAAAUAAUGAUCGACAUAACUCUGUGUGCAUGUUUUAUAUUAUAUUUUGUUCUAAUAGCCGUGUGUGUAUUCUUAUUUGGAUUUGUUGCCCUAUUAUUGUUUAAACAAUAUAUUUUACACCAUUUGUUUUUUAUUCGAUAUAUCUAUCUAUAUUGUUUUUCUACUUUAUAUUUGUCCAGUCCACUUGAAGAGUAGAUUCUUCAACACACAAAUUAACUUAUAAUGAGUUAGAAGCGUAUUUUGUUUAUAAAAGAAAUAUAUAUGGCAAAAUAUCGAACCCUGUAGAGCUGCAGAAUAUGUCAACAGUGUGUGAGAUUCUCGAAUGCUUAUUUUUUUAUUUUAACAUUUCUUCUUCUUUAAAAUAUAUGACGAAAACAAUUCUUGUGUGUUAUUUUAGAAAAAAAAAUGAUACCUUUUUAACGUUUGCAUUAAUAUUUCGUGACCUAUAAGGUCAAAGGCUUCUAAACAUACUGCACCGACAUAUUUAUCUUCACUUAGGUUUUAUGACCUAUUAAAUUAGUUCGUUUCAAAACGUCUGAAACUCUGUGUUGCUCGAACAUUUAGAUGUGAGUUUAAUAACAAGGUAUCGGUGGAUUUUUUUAAAAUACUUUCUUCUUAAAAAUGCUGUAUACGCCAAAUAAAAAGCAGCUGAAAAUAAACUCGUGUACAUAUUUUUAUUUCUAAGUGCUACGAUAAACACAUUAAUGAAGUCACCACAAUAUUUAGGAAUUAUUGGUCAUAUCCCACCCAUAUAUACGUAUUUCCAGUAUAGUUAAGGAUGCCAACAUAUUAUCGGCUUUUUAUGUAAGUGAAAAAGAAUGACGUAUAUUUGAAACGUCAUUCAACAUGGGUCAAAUGAAGUUGUAAUUUCCCAAUUAUAGUGAAACAAUCAUAUAAACAAUGGCGUCGUAACGCCGACCUGUAAAUGCAAAAUGAGCGUAGGUUUUUUUUCUACAGAAAAUACAACAGCAAAUGUAACUGUUUGUACAGAGAACUAUAAGGACCCAUUUGAUCCAUGGGUGUGACAUUUCAAUCAAAAUAUCGAUCAGUUACACAUUUAAAAAAAUUGUGAAAUAUCACAUAGAUUUCUUGUUUUAUAAUUAGAACAAAUUGUUGAUUUCACAUAUCGUUGUCAUUUGUAGAUAUUUUCAACAUGUAAGCAUUACUAUCAAACCACAUUAACAAGGAUGUAUUUUAAAACUUGUUCGACAAAAUGACAACAUGUACUUGGCAGUAGGUUGUUCAAUGCAUUGAAAUAAUUUGAGAUAACACAUGUUCUAUGAUUGUAUUUUUCACUAAUUAUCUUGAUUUUUUGCAUGUUAUCUUAUCUAUACACAAUUCAACAGCAUUAAAUGAGUUCUUAUAACUA